UUGACAUGGGGCGGAGAGUUGCAGACUGCAUUGAACGCUGCUGUCUACGUCGGUCAUCUUAGCUUAGCCAAAUCACUCAUUGCACUUGGGGCAGAUGUCAAUGCUCAGCACAAUGGGUCGGAGACCGCGUUGAUGAUUGCAGUCAAAAAAGGAAUGGUCAACAUGACGAGACUGCUGCUACAAGCCGGGGCGAGUGUCAAUGCAUAUCGUGGAUCUACGAAGGAGCGGGUCUUCGAAACAGCACAACGUUUGGGAAAUAGAGAUUUAAUUGACGCGCUGCUCAAUUACAACCCGGAUUCUGGUGUAGAGAAGCAGGAAGAUCCAUAUUCGUGUCGUAACCCUGUAUAUGUACACAACCAUCACAGCUAUGUUCUGUCAAAGAGGCAAAUAGAGUUCCUCAAAGAGGUCAGAUCGGCACCCAGAUGUGAACAGCGCCAAAAAUACUACCUUGAAAAGUGGUCGCCUACGUGGAAGCAUCUCGCCUUACGUAGGACAAAGGGUAUGAUGGUACGAGACAGGGGAUAACGAAAGCCUAGAAAGAUAGUUAAUAAUGGACUACAAGGCAAC